UGACAUUUCAGUUAUUGUUUUCAAAACAUUUUAAGCACAAAUUUAAUUUUGUUGUAGUGAGUACUAUCAAUCAUUUAAUGAUAAGUUAAAGGGAUCAAACAGAUCUCGCCCCCAUUUACUUCCAUAGUAGGAAAAAUAAUAUGACAAAGAAAUACUAUGGUAGUCAAUGGGAGGCUAUAUCUGUUUGGUUACUGACAUUCUUCCAAAUAUCUUUAUUUUAUUUAUACAGGUUUGAAGCAACCUGAGGGCGAGUAAAUGAUGACAGAUUUUUCAUUUUUGGGUGAACUACCCCUUUAAGUUAUUCUUACAACUCUGUCAGACAGUCUGGAAAGCCCAUUUACUUCAUACAAUUUGCUGUUUAUUGCUUAUUGCUUAAAAAAAAUGAAAUAACAAAAAACACAAUGUUGCAUCCGACAAACUGAAUAUCUGUUGAAAACUCUACUCAUUUCAUAAUUUAACUCUUUAUCUAAAUGUGAUGAAGUGCUUGACGCUUUCUAACAUGAAUGUUCUUCAGCAUGUAGAUAACACAUUAUUCUCUGUAUUUGCUAAUAUUGUUUAAGUUAAGCAGAGCUGACUUUGCCAAAUUUAAAUCUGUACACUCGCAAAGUAUUUCUCAUAUUAUUUCCCUCCUCUUCACUCCAGUCCAGCGGGUGGCGCUAAAACACAUGCGUUUGUUUGUCAAACACCAUUAAACCUCAGAAGAAGAAGAGUCAUGACUAAGUGUUGAAGCAAGCAGGAAUAUCUGGAGGAGUAUCAUCUGAACUGAGAUCUGCUGCUGUGAAGAUGGUGUUUGUUAAAGAGGAGAGUGAGGAGAACAUGAUUAAACCAGAACCCUGCAGAAUAAAACACGAGGAACCAGAACCUGAACCAGAAACCUGGAGAAUAAAACACGAGGAACCAGAACCUGAACCAGAAACCUGCAGAAUAAAACACGAGGAACCAGAAACCUGGAGAAUAAAACAGGAGGAACAAGGAGAGUCGAUUAAAGAAAACAAGGAGAAUGAAGAAUUGAGAGAAGUUGAGGAGAAAAAUCAUGUCAAAACUGGAGAAAAAACUUUGAGUUGCUCUCAAACCGAAAAGAAAGAUUUAAAGAAAAUAGGAGCCAAGAAAUCUUUCACCUGCACUCAGUGUGGAAAGAGUUUGACAAGCAAAUAUAGUCUUGAGCGUCACAUGAGAUUUCAUACGGGAGAGAAACCGUACACUUGUGAUCAGUGCGGGAAGAGUUUCUCACAAUCAGCAAACCUUAAGAAACACAUUAUCAUCCACACUGGAGAAAAACUGCACGCAUGUGAUCAAUGCGGAAAAACAUUUUUGUGGGCUUCAAACCUGAAGACACACCUGAGAGUUCAUACAAAGGAGAAGCCACAUUCAUGUCAUUUGUGUGGAAAGAGUUUUUCACGUCCAGAAAAUUUGAAAGAACAUCAGAAAAUACAUUCUGCUGUGAGAGAGUUCAUGUGCUUUGAGUGUGAAAAAGCUUUUACUUCAGCAAAGUGUUUAAAACUGCACCAGAGGGUCCACACUGGAGAGAAACCUUAUAAGUGUUCACACUGUGACAAGAGAUUCAGUCAGUCAGGAAGCCUGAAAAGACACGAGAGGAUCCACACCGGAGAGAAACCGUAUCACUGCACUGCAUGUGGGAAGAGUUUCAAUCAUUCAUCUGGUCUACACAUUCAUACAAAAAACUAUCACUGUAAGUAGAUCAUCUUCAGAUCCAGCUCUUUCAGAUCUGAUGCUGACUCCUCAGCAAUUGUGACGCAAUGAAAUAUCAUCUGGAUAAAUCUGUCCUAACCAGACAUUACAAGUGACAUGACAAAGAAACAUUAUCUAAAGUUUUCACAGUGAAUAAAGUCCAUCUUCAUCUUCAAAACCAGCAGAUUCAACUGAGAUUCAGAUCAACUCAAAGAUGGAGUUCCUCCCCAAAGAACAAUGUCACAAAGUUAUAUUCGUGUAUAUCAUUUUGUUUCAUGAUAUAAAUGAUAUCACUGUUUUCUUAUGAGUUUCAUAUUGUGUUCAAUUGUCUUAUGAUGCAUGUAUCACUUGUACUGUGAGAUUCAGAUCAACUCAAAAGCCCUCUUCGGAUUAACAUGAUAGUAGAUGAUGGACUCAUGAAACAGUGGAAGUUCUUUCAUCAUUUGAUGUUGGAUUUAAGUAUGAUGUGGUGAUGAUGAUGAUGAUGAUGUUUGUUUUAUACAUUAUGUUUAUUAUGUUUGAACUGAACUAACAGACAUGAUCACAGCAGUCCUACUGACUUCAGGAGGUACCACACACGUCUUUACAUUGUUCGUUGUUUUAUACCUUUCAUUUCAUUCCCAGCUUCACAGACUGAGUCUGUUUUCUCUUCUUCUCUUGAUUGUGUCUAUCAUCUGUCCACUCGCAGUGAUUGUGAUCUUAAUUUCCGUCGACUUGAUUGCACAGAUUCUAUUUGAACUGAACUGAUCUGGAUGAUAACAUCACUGAAUCAACAAUGAACUGACUUUAACUGGAAAACUGAAUCUAUUGUUCUCUUGCAUUCUCAGCACACGUUUUUCCUGUUUAACACUGUGAAGCUACUUUGACACAAUCUGUAUUGUAUAAAGUGCUUAUAUAAAUAAAGGUGGCUUGACUGAUGAUUCACAUUGAUCUGGAACAAUCUGCAAUCAUGAGAGCUCAGUAAAUACUUUUGUGUUGAAUUAUUUUGCAGGGAGGAAGAAAUCGCAGCACCGAGAGGAAAUAGUGAUGAAUACAAUAUUAGAAUAAAAUACUCUGCAAAUAACAGGCUAUAUUACAGCUAGAUUUAUCUUCGUUAAUUUAAUUAAAAAAAUUUUUUUUUCAU